UUGGGGAGCAGCAGCACUAGUCGUGUCCAGAAAAGGAGGAUUAGAUUCAGUACAGGUACAUCAAACCGUACCUUGUAUAUUCAACUCUUCGAGUUGUCUGGCAAACGGGACACUUGCUUGUCCAUCACACUCACACAAUGUCGUCAGAAAACCUCGACUCGGACACUCAGGUGGACUACGAGGACGAAAAACAGGACUCCCAAGAGAAGAAUGCAAACCCUGUGAGCAGAGAGGCCAAGCUGAAGGCCAAGUACCCGGGCCUGACCCAGAAACCCGGGGGCUCAGACUUCCUGAUGAAGAGACUACAGAAAGGGCAAAAGUACUUUGACUCAGGCGACUACAACAUGGCCAAGGCAAAUAUGAAAAAGCUUCCUGUGGCGGGGCCCGACAAGAACCUGGUGACCGGCGACCACAUUCCCACGCCGCAGGACCUGCCGCAGAGGAAGUCCUCCUUGGUGACCAGCAAGCUAGCCGGCUAGCCUCCAUCACCCUGGAAGCACCCUAACCCCGGCCUCCUGGGGCUCCCAUCAAAAUAUCCCUCCUCCUCCUCCUCCAUCUAUGUCCACCCCCCUCCCCUCUCUUCCCCUUUUCCUCCCCAGGCACCACUGGCUUUAACAUGUCGGGCAGAGUUGUAUAAGUUCAAAAAACUCCAUUUGCUUGUAUGUGGGUGGGGCAGUGUGGGAGGGGUGGAGGUCGCUGCCUUCUCGGCGUUCCCACCAUGCACCCCCCCCCCACACACACACCCCCCUAGUUGUUUUUUGUUCGCUCCGAGAUGCAUCACAGUGGGUGUGUCAUCGGGCAGGGUUUGGAGGGGGUGAGUGAUAAUGCACUUUGUAGUCUGUAGUAUGCUUUGUUUAGUUUUUGCAUCCUAAAUGACACCAAAAUAAUUUGUGUAAGGGAGUUAGGAACCUUGAUUCUUUGGUUCCUUUUGUUCCCUGUCUUUGCCGGUGGCAAGCUGGAGCGGGAGGGGGUGACAGACAUGUGUCAAUAAUGGCUUGCAUACCAAAUCUGAGUUCUUUUGCAUUCACUGACACCAUAUCGGGAGGAAAUGGGGGACAUGAACGGAGGCCUUCCUUCGUUGAACAAAAAUCCAGCUCAGCCAAAGGGGGGUUUGAAGCUUUCUCUCUCUGCUCAUGUUGCUGUAAUUCUUGACUCCCUUUUCUCCUGUUCAAUCUAAUUAUGCUGCAUGAUUGUAACAUGUAAGAAAAAAGAAAUGUAACAUGUUUUUUGUUUUUCAACGGGAGCGGGGCUUUUGCUUAGUAAUAGGAAGUAUAAAAACAAACACACGGAGCCCUUAAACGUUCACACUUCCUUCCUUCCUUCCUUUCCUUAUUGCUAUCCCGACAAUCCAUGAACACGCGCUCCUGUAAUCGGCCCGGGGCGAGAGCCAGCUGAGUAUGUCCUUGUAUUAUUUUUAAUGGCGGGGAACCAUGCCAGUCUGAGGUCAGUCUUACUUUGGUUGCUGUCGAGAUGCAUCAAAACAUGUGUUUGCCAUGAGCCUAAAAAGAUUUGUGGGGUUAUUGAAGCACCCCGCGUAGAGUAUAUGCUUCUGUAAAUAAUACUGAAACAAGCACGUAAUAGGAGAUGAGCUCUCUGAAGACUGAGAGAAAUGGCAGUGCUGAAUCGACUCGCUUGACUUCACACCACAGCUAUCAGUCUCAGAGACAGGGGGUCUCAUCCAUCUAUUUAAUGUGGCCUGUUACCAUCAUCUGGCUCGCAUUGUGAGGUGACGAGGCAGACUGGAAGCUGGUCUGACUCACUUUGUGUUUGGAUCUCAUGAACAUAGAGUGAUGUAAAACAUGACCCAGACAUCUUACUUUCUGGUCAUCUUUAAAACACAGAUUUAAGAAACACUUUGUUAGCCUUUCAACUCAUAUUGUGACUAAACUGCUGUAGCAGAUAAUGAAAAGACAAAAAUAUCCUUCAUAGAUGUGCCGUGACAAUUGCUUUCAGACAUUUAGGACCGACCAAAAAUAAAUAAUUCUAGCUGCUUGUUCUCACAAAGGACUUUAAUUCAUCGCCGUUUUGUUGGAGAUGGUUUUCUCGAUGUUUUACACUUUAUAUCACAAUCACAGGAAGUGGUUCCCUUGACAUGUUGCCCUCUCUGGCCAGUCACAAUUUAAGACACUAACUUCAGUGAAAUAACAUUACUACUUCCCUUAAACAUUAGCUGGAGUAUAGAGCUGCCACCAUUGCCCCGUAGAACAAAGGGUUUUUGUUUCAAACUGAGUCACCACACAGACUGAUCUUUGAUCCCGGGAGGUAAACAGCAGGAACCCUGCUCACAACAGGUGUCAGCUCCCCAGAUUGUCAUCACAGGCUUAAAGUGGGACACUGCAUGCCUGCAGGAUGCACUCACCCCAGCACUUGGAAAGGCAGAGAGAGAUUUUAAAACACACUGCACUCAUAUGCCACCUGUUAAUGUGGUGCAACCUCUGAGAGAGAAUCAACAAACCUGCAGACUCUGAAUGCAUGCUGUCCACACAUCCAAGAACUGGACGCCGGCGCUCACUGAGAAUCAGCCUCCUGUAAAACACGGCUUCAGGGAACCUUCACAAACGCACUCUCCACCAUGUAGACCAAGUGACGGGGUGCAUGCACCAUCACUUCCUCAACCUCACUUCUUUUCCUUCGAGAAAAACGUGUCAAAUGUGCAGUGGGCGAAAGAGAACCGACCUGUGCGUAUGUGCUCGUGAUGGUGUUGUAUGAAUGCACUGCUUGUCUCUGUUCCAUCUAUUGUAAAUAGACUUCAACAGGAAGGGAUUUUUGUGUUGUUUCCCACCUGCUUUUCACUCAUAGCCUGAGCUAUUUUCUGAUUCAAUGGCUCCUCUCUCCUUUCUUUUUAACACUACUUCUGCUCGAUCUUAGUGAGACGCAGAGGCCAUGUGAAUCUGUAUCAUAUGAACAUAUGUGUAAAUGCUGCUGAUUCAGUCAAUGUCAAAUCAAAGAACACCGGUCCUCUUGAUUUUACCAGUCCCCCCCCCCCCCCCCCCCCAAGAAUCUUUGUUUCAGAGCUCCUGUCGCGAAGUCGAUUCAUUUGAGACUGGUAGACAGCAAUGUAAAUUCUACCCUACAUUUUUAAAGGUGCAUUAUUGAACUUCAUCCAGCUUUUGUCACUUUUGAUUGACAAUAACAGAGCAUUAAGCAUCAUAUUGUGUCAAAAAGACUAAAGUUGUGUGCUUUUAAAAAGUAAAGAUGGCGGCCAGGAGUUCUUGAAUGCUACUUGAUGUUUGGCUUUGCACAGAGCGGUUUAACGAGAGGAAAUAGCAGGGUAUGUUUCAAACACAAAGGGUGUCUCUCGUUCAGCUAUAUAAACACGUGCCAGAAUGUAAAAAGAAGCGACAGGCUGUGUGCUCUGAAGUUCUUUCGUGCUGCUUUUACCUUUGUCUGUUUUAUUGUUUUUAUUUGCAAUGAUAUGUUUAAUUUUCUUGUGUUCUCUUACUUACCAUAAUUAGUAUAUUUCAUCCUGGCCCAAGAUAACUGCAGGGAAAUCAGAGGCACCCCUUGCUUCCAAGGAAAAAAAAUAAAAUAAUGGUUUACAUGUUUAAAAAGGAUGAGUGGAGAACACAGGAAUGACUUUAAGACUUCAGAAAGUACACGAGUACUUGGAUUGUUUCAGUUGUGUGGGAGUAGGUGAGAGGAUUUUUGUCAGUAUUUGAAAUAAACUUUUACAUUAA